AUGUCUCUAGAGGCCAGAAGAGCACUUUACUUCAAAUUUUGUGUGGGUGCACGAUUUCGAUUAACGCCUGUCCCCACCAAUAGCAAAGAGGUGAAGUUUCUAUAUGAUAGCUUCCAGAAGUUGGGAACAUUGGAGUAUUUCAAUGUCCAGGAGGCCAAACACACAGAUACAAACCUAUAUGGUCGUCAUGUGACGGUUUUGUUAAAUGCGUCGGAUCAGAGGAGUCAACUAGACCCAUUGGGUGGUGUGGACUCAGGUAUCAAGACAACUACAGUUACGCUACGACAACGCCAACACGAGUUGAGCGAAUAUUUGAAGUCCAUUUGUGGCAUUUGUCGGUACUCAUAUAUCGAGAACGACGAGCUCUAUUUCCAGGGGAGAGUACAGGUGCCGUUUAAGCAUACCUUAACUGCUGGGGCCAGACAGUAUGCUGAGCAGUACCGUAUGAGCAGUUCAACGGUCAACAGCCCUUUUACCACAUUAGAAACCACGCUUCGGCGCAGUGACAUUUUGGCUGGGGUGAGGCAUAAUUUUCAGAAGUUUCACAAGAUGGAACCGGAGUUUGUCGAGAAUGGGAUGCGUGCCGUGCUGCGAAUUACCGGCGAGAAGUACAGCACAACUGUCGACGUGGAUGCUAAUGAGUAUGGCGAUGUAAACAUCACUGAUUUGGGAAGACUGCCUGCCAUGCGUAACGUUCGUGGGAAACAAGUUUUCUCCGGGUUUAUAGACAAAUGA